AUGAAUGUAGCGGUGCCACCACAAUCUCCACAUUUUCGUCUAUAUGACUGCGCCAAGAGUGCCAUCAUCAAAAAAUUUGCCUUUCUUUAUGCUACGGUAUGUGACCUGUAUUGCGACGGUGGAAUGGAUACAGACAAGUGGUGUGAUGCCCAGGUCUACAUAGGCAUCGGUAGGCUGCCUUUCACUAGCCUCAGCCCUCGGCAGGAUGGUUUUGAAGCUCAAGUGCAGGAAAAGGGCAUCCAAGCAGAUAUGGUUUGCUGUAUGCAGCACUUGCAGUCAUGCUUUGAGAAUGAAGAACGGGCAAAGAAGCUUCUGAACAAUGUAUCAUCACUUCUCAAACCUGGAGGCUACUUCUUUGGCAUAACUCCAGAUUCAUCUACAAUAUGGACAAAAUAUCAAAAGAAUGUUGAGGCUUCACAUAAUAAGGGUUUGAAGACUGUUCCAAAUAGCAUUCGCUCAGAGAACUAUACCAUUACCUUUGAAGUCGAGGAAGAGAAGUAUGAGUUGAAAUUGUAUACUAAAUCACCUAGAAACUUUUGUUACACUGACUUCCUGACCAUGUAUGAGAUAUUGUCUCUUAUUAGUACUAGAUGAUGAGAUGUGUCUUUUUAUGACUAUGGAUGAGACUUUUGUGAUGUAAUUGAUGAGACUAUGGAU